CACAAUUUUCGAUCCACAAUACAUAAUUAUAAUUUCAUUAAUCAAAAGUAGUCGUUUGGAAGCGGAAAAAUUACUCAUUUUACUAUAUUUUAAGUGACAUAUUCAUCGAUUAGUAUUAUUUAGACUUUACAAUGGAUUUAUUAUUUAUUUUUACUGCACUUGUGACUAUUUCUGUGGCUGUUCAGUGUGACAAUCUUGCUCAAUUGGCAGACGUAUCUAACCAAAGAAGUAUUAAUGAACACGAUAAUGAUCCGGUCACAAACGAGACUAUAAAAAACACUGAAACAGAAAAAGUUGUUGUAGAUAUAUAUUAUGAAAGCCGUUGCCCAGUUUGCAUAAAUUUUUUUGUUAACAAAUUAGAGCCGGAGAUCCCUUCAUUACACGAGUUCUUAGACAUUCGGCUGUAUCCAUAUGGAAACGCAUACACUACCAAGAAAGGAGACCAGUACGAGGUCAGCUGCCAGCACGGGGAAUCUGAAUGUUAUGGGAAUAAGCUUCACGCAUGCGCUAUUGAUAUACUGAAAAAUGUUACAAAGUCAACACUUUUCAUUUCUUGCGCUAGUGAUUGGUAUUCAGACGACAAGGCCGUUGAUGAGUGCUCUAAAUGGCUAAAAUUUAACGGAGAACCAAUAAAAAAGUGUGCCAAAAGUGACAAAGGACACCAGCUGUUAAAAUACUAUGGUGAUGAAAGCAACAAAAUAUACUACCCAGGCGUUCCGCACGUACGCAUCAAUGGCAUUCAUGCUCCUUGGAAUCAUUUUAAAGAAAAUGUCUGCACGGCCUUUAAAACCCCUCCACCACCAUGUAGAGAAAAUAGAAAUAAAGAAAUAAUUUCUGAAUAAAAAA